CGCCCUACACUUCCUCUGGCUGCUCGGCAGCCGCCGUGGCUCCAGGAUGAUGGAGACGGAGCGACUCGUGCUACCUCCCCCGGAUCCCUUGGACCUGCCCCUUCGGGCAGUAGAGCUGGGAUGCACAGGGCGCUGGGAGCUGCUGAAUGUGUCUGGGGCUCCAGAGAGCACCCUUCCCCAUGGCCUCCCUCCCUGUGCUCCAGAUCUGCAGCAAGAAGCAGAGCAGUUGUUUCUGUCAUCUCCAGCCUGGCUGCCUCUGCACGGUGUGGAGCACUCAGCCCGAAAAUGGCAGAGGAAGAUGGAUCCUUGGUCUCUCCUGGCCACACUGGGGGCCCCAGUCCCCUCCGACCUACAGGCCCAAAGACACCCAACCACAGGCCAGAUACUAGGCUACAAGGAGGUCCUGCUAGAGAAUACAAACCUGUCUGCCACGACCUCCUUGUCUCUUCGCCGGCCACCAGGGCCUGUCUCCCAGUCCCUGUGGGGGAAUCCAACACAGUACCCUUUUUGGCCAGGUGGAAUGGAUGAGCCCACCAUAACAGAUCUGAGCACUCGGGAGGAGGCUGAGGAGGAGAUAGACUUUGAGAAAGACCUUCUUACUGUUCCACCUGGCUUCAAGAAAGGCGUGGACUUUGCACCAAAGGAUCACCCAGCUCCAGCUCCCGGGUUGCUCAGCCUCAGCCGUCUCCUGGAGCCCCUGGAUUUGGGUGGGGGUGAUGAGGAUGAGAGUGAGGCAGUGGGACAGCCAGGUGGUCCCCGACGGGACACUGUUGCAGCCCCUCCCUGCAGUGCUCCCCUGGCCCGAGCAAGCAGCUUGGAGGACCUAGUGUUGAAGGAAGCGUCCACAGCUGUAGCCCCCCCAGAGCCUCCCAAGCCCCCACCUCAGGAGCAGUGGGCCAUUCCUGUGGAUGUCACCUCCCCUGUUGGUGAUUUCUACCGCCUCAUUCCCCAGCCAGCCUUCCAGUGGGCGUUUGAGCCAGAUGUGUUUCAGAAACAGGCCAUCCUGCACUUAGAACGGCAUGACUCAGUCUUUGUCGCGGCUCACACGUCUGCAGGGAAGACAGUUGUGGCUGAAUACGCCAUUGCCCUUGCCCAGAAACACAUGACACGCACCAUCUAUACUUCGCCCAUCAAGGCUCUGAGCAACCAGAAGUUCCGGGACUUCCGAAACACAUUUGGGGAUGUGGGACUGCUCACUGGGGACGUGCAGCUGCAUCCGGAGGCCUCUUGCCUCAUUAUGACAACAGAGAUCCUUCGCUCCAUGCUGUACAGUGGCUCAGAUGUCAUCCGGGACCUGGAGUGGGUCAUUUUUGAUGAGGUUCACUACAUCAACGAUGCUGAGCGUGGGGUCGUGUGGGAGGAGGUGCUUAUCAUGCUCCCUGACCACGUCUCCAUCAUCCUUCUGAGUGCUACUGUCCCCAACGCCCUUGAAUUUGCUGACUGGAUUGGGCGGCUGAAGCGUCGCCAGAUCUACGUGAUCAGCACGGUCGCUCGCCCGGUCCCCCUGGAGCAUUAUCUCUUCACGGGGAACAGCCCCAAGACCCAGGGGGAGCUCUUCCUGCUGCUGGACUCCCGAGGCAGCUUCCACACAAAGGGGUACUAUGCAGCCGUGGAGGCCAAGAAGGAGCGGAUGAGCAAACACGCCCAGACCUUUGGGGCCAAGCAGCCCACACAUCAGGGGGGACCAGCACAGGACCGUGGUGUAUAUCUGUCCCUCCUGGCCUCCCUCCGCACCCGUGCGCAGCUGCCCGUGGUGGUGUUCACCUUCUCCCGGGGCCGCUGUGACGAGCAGGCCUCGGGCCUCACCUCCCUUGACCUCACCACGAGUUCAGAGAAGAGUGAGAUUCACCUCUUCCUGCAGCGCUGCCUCGCUCGCCUCCGCGGUUCUGACCGCCAGCUGCCCCAGGUUCUGCACAUGUCCGAGCUCCUGCACCGCGGCCUGGGCGUGCACCACAGUGGCAUCCUGCCCAUCCUCAAGGAGAUCGUGGAGAUGCUCUUCAGCCGUGGCCUGGUCAAGGUCUUGUUUGCCACGGAGACCUUUGCCAUGGGUGUAAAUAUGCCAGCCCGAACAGUGGUGUUUGACUCCAUGCGCAAGCACGACGGCUCCACCUUCCGGGACCUGCUCCCUGGGGAGUAUGUGCAGAUGGCAGGCCGGGCAGGCCGGAGGGGCCUGGACCCCACAGGCACUGUCAUCCUGCUCUGCAAGGGCCGUGUGCCCGAGAUGGCGGACCUGCACCGCAUGAUGAUGGGGAAGCCGUCCCAGCUGCAGUCCCAGUUCCGCCUCACGUACACCAUGAUCCUCAACCUGCUGCGGGUGGAUGCCCUCAGGGUAGAGGAUAUGAUGAAGAGGAGCUUCUCUGAGUUUCCGUCCCGCAAGGACAGCAAGGCCCACGAACAGGCUCUGGCUGAACUGACCAAGAGGCUGGGGGCCUUGGAGGAGCCUGACGUGACUGGCCAACUCGUUGACCUGCCUGAGUAUUACAGCUGGGGAGAGGAACUCACAGAGACCCGGAGCCUGAUCCAGCGACGCAUCAUAGAGUCUGUGAACGGGCUGAAAUCUCUCUCGGCGGGAAGGGUGGUGGUUGUGAAGAAUCAGGAACAUCACAAUGCGCUGGGUGUGAUCCUUCAGGUCUCCUCGAACUCCACCAGCAGAGUAUUCACGACUCUGGUCUUGUGUGAUAAGCCCAUGUCUGAGGCCCCACAGGAGAGGGGGCCGGCCUCCUCAGAUGUGCCCUACCCAGAUGACCUCGUGGGAUUCAAGCUGUUCCUGCCUGAAGGGCCCUGUGACCACACUGUGGGCAAGCUCCAGCCAGGAAACGUGGCUGCCAUCACCACCAAGGUGCUCCGGCUCAAUGGGGAGAAGAUCUUGGAGGACUUCAGCAGGAGGCAGCAACCAAAAUUCAAGUCAGAGAUGCUGGGGAGGGACCAUGUGAUGGGGGGUGGGGAGGUGUGGUCGCAGAGGCUCCCCCAGUCCGAGGAGGGCUCCUCAGGAAGAGAAGCCUCUGCCUCGGGUCCCAAGACCUGCUCCUUUCUCAGGAAGGAUCCCCCCUCUGCAGCUGUGACAACUGCUGUCCAGGAACUGCUACGUCUAGCUCAGGCCCACCCAGCAGGACCCCCUACCCUGGACCCUGUCAAUGACCUGCAGCUCAAGGAUGUGUCGGUGGUAGAGGGGGGACUCCGGGCUCGGAAGCUGGAGGAGCUGAUCCGGGGGGCUCAGUGUGUACACAGUCCCCGUUUCCCUGCCCAGUACCUGAAGCUGCGGGAGCGGAUGCAGAUACAGAAGGAGAUGGAGCGGCUGCGCUUCCUGCUGUCGGAUCAGUCGCUGCUGCUGCUCCCUGAGUACCACCAGCGAGUAGAGGUGCUCCGAACGCUGGGGUAUGUAGACGAGGCUGGCACCGUGAAGCUGGCAGGGCGGGUGGCUUGUGCCAUGAGCAGCCAUGAGCUGCUCCUCACCGAACUCAUGUUCGACAACGCCCUGAGCGCCCUGCGGCCCGAGGAGAUCGCGGCCCUGCUCUCUGGCCUCGUCUGCCAGAGUGCCGGGGACCCUAGUGAUCAGCUCCCAAGCACCCUCAAGGAGGGGGUGGAACGUGUCCGGGCUGUGGCCAAGCGGAUUGGUGACGUCCAGGUGGCUUGUGGCUUGAACCAGACAGUGGAGGAAUUUGUGGGGGAGCUGAAUUUCGGGCUGGUCGAGGUUGUGUACGAGUGGGCCAGGGGCAUGGUGAGUAGCUGGGUUUGGGGCUUGGUAGACAGCCGGCCGGGGAGAGGCUGCCCAGGCCUACCAUAUUCGGUCCCCACCCUGCUUCCCCCACAGCCCUUCUCUGAGUUGGCAGGGCUCUCGGGGACCCCCGAGGGCCUGGUGGUCCGCUGCAUCCAACGCCUGGCCGAGAUGUGUCGCUCGCUUCGGGGGGCGGCCCGCUUAGUGGGCGAGCCUGUUCUAGGAGCCAAGAUGGAGACGGCAGCCACGCUGCUACGGAGGGACAUUGUCUUUGCGGCCAGCCUCUAUACCCAGUGAAUGACCCCUGUGUAAAAAUGUAACAAUAAAACAGCAAACCACCUGUGUGAAC